AUGAGAGAUAGAGAAAACAAGGUAGAAGGGACAUUAAGUACACUAUUAUCAAUUAAAUUUGAGGUCAGAAAGUUGAGGGAUGUGACCAGUUUAAAUUGUAUUUUAUCAAAAUAUCAAAAUCUAUAUUGUAUGUCUGAGGCUAGUUUAAUGAUAGGAAAUUGA